AUGCUGGCGAGGAGCCGACGACGACUUGAACAAGAGACGGGGGCUGAUGUUGACGUUGACGCCGACGUUCAUUUGCAAUUUUUUCCUUUCUGGCAGUCAGUGAUGAUAAGGCUGGACGAUAAGACGGACAGAGAAACCCCAGAGAAAAUACGUGAUACAAUUCGUGAGCGAGUUACAAGAAAAGCACAACCUUUCUUCCCCCCUUACUACUUGUCCAUAAAAUGGCGUGGAAAUAAGAACGGCGGAGAGAGAGAAGCGAAGAAGUCAAAAACAUCGACGGCGAGCCGAUGUCUGGAGAAAGAAAAGAAAAGAAGCAGUCAAGGUAAGGGGGGAACACUCAAGGUGGGAUGA